UUUUUAAAAAUUUUUGAUUCUUCAACAAAAACCUUGUGUGGUGUGUAUUAUCCGACAUCAUGUCGUGUUAUUCCUUGCUUAGUAAGUAUCAAUGCAGCUUUUAAUAAAUAUGCUAAAUAUUCUGUAAUUGCUGCUGCUUUGGUGGCCAUGAAGUCUAAAUUUGCUAAGUAUUGGAAAUGAUUUCCUACCGUAUUUUGUCUUGCUGCUGCUUUGGAUCCUAGAUAUAAGUUUUUUGCAAUUAGCCAAUGGAUGAAAAGUAUGGGUGUUGAAGAUUGGGAAAUUGAAAGUUCUAUCUCUAGUAUAAAGCAUCAAUUGUUUGAAUUGCACGAAGUGUAUAAGGAUAAUAUAGUGCCUGCAGUUCCAACUUCUAGUAUAAGCUCUAAUUUACCUGCAUCUUCUGCUGAUACUAUUGUUUUACCUAAUGAUGAAGAUGAGGACUUUGCUGAAGAGGUCUUAAAAAAAGCUAAAACAGCAACUUGUUGGUGGAGAUCUCAUGAAGAAGUCUAUCCAGUGCUUUCUUUGAUAGCUAGUGACCUGCUAUCGAUUCCAGCUUCAACAGUAGCAUCUGAGGCAGCUUUUAGUGCCGGUGGAAGGGUUGUAUCGGAGAAGAGAGCAAGUCUGAACCCGGACACAAUUCAAGCAUUGAUUUGCUUGAAAGAUUGGAAGUUGGCAGAAGCAAGGCAGCAAGACAAAGAGCAAGAUGAGCUCCGAGCUGAAGAGGAACAAAAUGCAAAACUAGCAGGACCGGAAUGGAUGAUUGCACUUGAACGUGCUAAUUCAAACACGGAAGGCGUCGAGUCAAUUGGAGAUUGAGGAAGAGGUUCUUUGCUUGGUUGCCAUGAAUAUGGAUAUCAGUAAGAGAUGAAGGAAAGUUUGCUAGUGUUAAAUCAAGACAUCCUUCAGUUUUUGUAUCAAAGAUAACAACUUUUUGUGAAUUGAUGAAGACUUGAUCAGUUCAUCAGUUUUUGUAUCAAACACUGCUUCACUUUUUGUACCCACAGUGAGUCAGUGGCUU